UUUUCCACCAGUCUUCGAACAAAGGCUAGCUAAACAACGUGGUUGCUAAGCAACGGGCCGGUAAUUUUCGUUAACACAUCUGUAAUUGGGCUGUCAGGUCUGAGACUGUCGUCCAGUGUUCAGGCCCUCGGACUCAGUCAGGGGGAACGGAUCUUCCGCUUUGUUGGACGCUGUAGAUGUGCGUUCUCUGUUUCAGACCCAAUGUGUUCUUUCGGGCCUCCUUAUAUACAUUAAAGGCUAAUUGCCUCGAUGCGAAUAACGUGAUUAGUAGUUCUUAACCACCUUGUUUGUGUUACACCGUGUGUGUCUCUGUGUGUGAAGGGUGUUUCGUCUUCCUCUCCAUUCUGCUCUACGGAGGCCAGUUACAGCUACGUAUUUAUGUUUUCAACAUUUUCUCCUGAGCUGCUUAGAAAACACGACGAUGCCUGUGUGUUUUGGGUUUUUGGAUGAGGCGCCACACAAAGGGCUUAAUUACGCAUUAUCCGUUUAAAUGGAGUCUUGGACAGUGGGAUGCGCAAUGCAGUGUUUCGGGAUCCACAGUAUUCCACCUUUUCCGCUCAGCCGUCACUGUCUCCAGUCCGGGCGCCAGUGGUUGGCUGAGGUUGUGCUCACACACGUGAUGUGAGGAAAAAGGCCUCCGUGUUGCGUAACACCAUAGAAAUGAGUAGUGGUAUAAAGACCUCGCCCACAAGAAAACUGAUUAAUGCUCUUAUGGGAUGACGCACGUAGGAACGUAUAGAGGCCGGUGAGCGCCGUGCGUAAAACCUGCCAGGUGUAAAAACUAUUUAUGGUUCAGAACAUUUUUAGUACUUUAGUAGUCUUUUUUUAACUUUCUAAAAUAAAUGACUAAUACUGUGUACUAAUAUUAAACCCCUAUACAACUGCGAAUUAAAACUGUCUUCUAUAUAUAACACUUGAAACAUUUCCGGCUAUAGUCUGAUUUUUCUAGCUUAGCUGUUGACGCAGAGGAACAAGGUUUCCCAUAAAACAGUGGCUUGUAUCAUCUUCCCCAGAAGUCGCUACUGUAAUUGUAGCUGUGCACGUGCCCUGGUGAAGUUCAUUAUUCCUCUGCAACAAAAGCCCGAGUGUGAAAGUCUUCAUCCGAACGACCUGCGUGGCUCAUUCGGGACGGGUCCACGUGCGCGCAUCGCACACAUCCCUGGAGACCAUUGGGUUAAUCAGUUUUCAGAGGGUCUGUCCAGUCGCUCACGCAUCGACCGUGCGUAACCCGAGCGCGCAGUAUCCACGCACGCACACACGCGCCUCCGUCGUCUCGGCUCUGGUUGUCCCUUUAAAAAUCCGAAUCCAAGGCCAAUGAUUUAUCAAACUCCUAUUAUCAAGAAAAUGUCACAGGAAGGGCACCUUGCUCCGCACUGACGCAAACUCCAGUCUUUCCCACGGAGCUAUAGAAGAGCUUUGCACUUGGCGCUUCGCGUGAUUACAACCAGUGCGCUUCCAGUCCUCGCCUCGUCUUUUUACAGCUCUUUUCAGCCUGUCCGCACAACGCAAAUAUGGAUUUCUCUGAGCAGAGAGACAUGGCCAAACAGCCGGCCAGCUACAUCCCCACACAGCAGCCCGACGGAGCUGCGGGACUUACAGCGAACAAGCCGGACAACACGGCGGCGUGCGCGCCGCCCGCCCCCCACCACCACCACCCGGCGCCGCAGCCGCCGCCGCCGUCGUGCAACGAGAGCAAAACUUUUUGUCCCACGGAGAAUAAACCGGGAGAACCGGACGCGAACAAAGCGUAUGGGACGUUUAAAAACACCCCGCCGACGGGUCCCGGAUCCGCGGCCGCCAACUCGGCCUUCAGGAAGGAUUCCGCCGGAUCCGCCCGCGGGGGGUCCGUCCACUACGGCGACCCGCUCCGGGCCAGCUCGGAGCAGAACAACACGGCGGCGAACUGGACGGCCAUGAGCCAGACCACCAUCAUACUGGGAACAGAUGGGAACACGUCUGUUCAGCCCGGCACCGUUGCGGGGGCUGACGAUGAUGAUGAUGAGGGAGGAGAUGAAAAUAAGGCCAGAGGUAACUGGUCCAAUAAACUGGAUUUUAUUCUGUCCAUGGUGGGAUAUGCGGUGGGACUGGGGAACGUGUGGAGGUUCCCUUAUCUUGCCUUCCAAAACGGUGGAGGGGCUUUUUUGAUUCCCUACCUGACGAUGCUGGGCAUCGCCGGGAUCCCCAUCUUUUUGCUGGAGGUCUCCCUGGGCCAGUUCGCCAGCCAAGGGCCCGUGUCAGUGUGGAAAUGCAUCCCAGCGCUGCAAGGUUGCGGGAUUGCCAUGUUGAUAAUAUCUGUCUUGAUAGCCAUAUACUAUAACAUUAUAAUGUGCUGGACACUGUACUACCUGUUCGCUUCGUUGAAGGGCUCACUGCCAUGGGCUAACUGUAGGAAUGAGUGGAACACGCAGGAAUGUAAGGACAAAGACAUGCUGCUGUUAGACUCGUGCAUCCUGCGGGACAGAAACCACACGUCUGUCAGGAACUCGUCUUUCUGUCUGUCUGCAAACGCUGUGGGAAACUUGAGCAAACUGAUAAACAUGACAGUGGACACUAACAAGACGUACGUCAGCCCCAGCGAGGAGUACUUCAAGUACAAUGUGUUGCACAUCUCUAAAGGCAUUGAAUACCCAGGAGACCUCCGCUGGCCUCUGGCAGGAUGCCUCUUCCUGGCCUGGCUCAUUGUCUACGCGUCUCUAGCCAAAGGAAUCAAGUCUUCAGGAAAGGUGGUUUACUUCACAGCCACGUUUCCCUACGUGGUGCUGGUCAUCCUCCUGAUCAGAGGAGUGACUCUGCCCGGGGCCGGUGACGGCAUCCUCUACUUCAUCACGCCCAAGUGGGAGAAGCUCAACGACGCCAAGGUGUGGAAGGACGCGGCCACGCAGAUCUUCUUCUCGCUGUCGGCUGCGUGGGGAGGCCUCAUCACGCUGUCGUCGUACAAUAAGUUUCACAAUAACUGCUACAGGGACACGAUCAUAGUGACAUGUACAAACAGUGCCACCAGUAUAUUUGCUGGAUUUGUCAUCUUCUCAGUCAUUGGUUUCAUGGCCCAUGAGUUGAAGGUGCCGAUAGAGAGAGUGGCAGAUGAAGGUCCAGGCAUAGCGUUCGUGGUGUAUCCAGAAGCUCUGACCAGACUUCCCCUGUCUCCUUUCUGGGCCAUCAUCUUCUUCCUCAUGCUCUUGACUCUGGGCCUGGAUACCAUGUUCGCCACCAUCGAGACCAUCGUGACCUCCGUGUCGGACGAGUAUCCCAAAUACUUGAGGAAACACAAGCCGCUCUUCACCCUGGUCUGCUGCAUCUCCUUCUUCAUCCUGGGAUUCCCCAUGAUCACAGAGAAUGGGAUGUACAUGCUGCAGCUGGUGGACACAUUCGCAGCCUCCUACUCUCUGGUCAUCAUCGCCAUCUUUGAGCUUGUGGGGAUCUCCUACCUCUACGGUCUACAGAGAUUUUGCGAAGACAUUGAAAUGAUGAUUGGUUUCCAGCCAAACCGAUUCUGGAGACUCUGCUGGGCCUUUGUGACUCCAACGAUUCUGACGGGCAUCCUGUGCCUGAGCCUCUACCAGUGGAAGGUAAUGACGUACGAGGACUACACGUACCCCACCUGGUCCAUGGUUCUGGGCUGGCUCAUGGUCAUCUGCUCCGUCAUCUGGAUCCCCAUUAUGUUCGUCAUUAAGAUGCACCUUGCCCCCGGCUCCAUCAUCGAGCGCCUGAAGCUGGUCUGCUCGCCUCAGCCCGACUGGGGCCCUUUCCUGAUGAAGCACCGCGGGGAACGUUACAAGAACAUGAUCGACCCUCUGGGAACCAGCUCUCUAGGCCUCAAACUGCCCCCCAAGGACUUCCAGCUGGGCUCCUACCAGUAGCUCCACCCCCACCGCACCCGCUCCCGCUCUGCCCCUGCUGUCCAUGUACUCCCCCCCCCCUCUCUCUUUCUCCCCCUCGCUCUCUUCCUGUACUGUGGUUGUGCGACGGGCUUCCUCCCUCUGUCAUGUCUCUUCUCUGAGGGAGGAGUGGUCGUUGCUGCCAGGUGGAGUGCAUUCCUCCGAUGCUGCUUCUCCGAUCGCCUCCCAGUCAUGAUCCGUCCGUAACCCGUCCCCACGAACCUUUAUUCCAAUAGAAAAACUGCAUCAUGAAAGGAAGUGGAUCAGACUGCAGCGUUACCGGCCUCACCGUGUGUGUGUGUGUGUGUGUGUGUGUGUGUGUGUGUGUGUGUGUGUGUGUGUGUGUGUGUGUGUGUGUGUGUGUGUGUGUGUGUGUGUGUGUGUGUGUGUGUGUGUGUGUGUGUGUGUGUGUGUGUGUGUGUGUGUGUGUCUGUGACAUCAUCGUGGUGGAAGCAGGAGAACAGAGGUUCAACGAGGAUCUGUGUUUCGUUCCGUCUGUGUAGAAAACUCCAUCAGCAAAAACAAAUAAUAAAAAAAGGGAAAGAAAAGCAGCAGCGAUGCGGGAUUCACCGUUCACCUUGUUCCUGUUACGCAGCAUUUACUGUAUUCACACUAGCUGCAGCUCAGUCUCUUGCUCUGUCACAAGUAGAUUAGACUAGACGCAGUUCGUGCGUCCGUAGUCACAGUAGAGACGCGUCCACCUUCACUGCGUCCAGUGGACUCACUUUGGCCUCGGAUCAGAACCAUGACGGGUCCAGUUCUGUCGGAACCUGCAGACCGCGUGAUCGCCCCUCUCUCCAUCGUCAUAGUGUGAAGCAGCCCGUCCCCUCCUGGACUCGUGUCCUCCUUCAUUUCCUGUCUGACCUGUGAGUCUCGCGUCCCGACCCGAUCGCGUCCCCGUCACACACGUGUGUCUUCGUCCGUGCGUGUCGCUGUGUGUGCUGUGAACCCGUCCGGCUGCGGUGAGAAGCCAUUCCUUCGUGACCGCCGCAUCACCGGCGUGACGGGAGCGUGCGCGUCGCUCCCGCUACGCGCUGUACAAAGUCUACGCCUCUUCGAAGUAUCUUCACGUAGUUCGUGUGUGUCGUCGCGUCCUCACGACGUUAGGAGCCGCCGCCGUGUGUGAGUAGAUGAGGAUUAGAGUAGAAAAUAGCGUCCUCCCUCCAGGAAGCUUCGUCUCUCGUCGUUUGUGGUAGAGCUCAUCACACCUCUGCCUCUCCGUGUCCAUGAAAACAGGGUCUCAGGUAAACUCGACUUCAUCAGACUCCGCGCCGCAGGUUCUGUGGGAUCAGUAGCGCGUGGGUAGCGGCUCGAGGCGCCCACGCGAUGAUGAUGAUGGCGGCGGAGGCCGAGGAGUCUCGCGCCGCUUCCCGCCGACCUCGGCAGCGUCCGUGUGAUUAUUAUGUAGGAAGCGUGAGUGGCUUCACCUUCAUCCACUGUAGCUGGAGAUGAGGUUUUAUUUUGACGCAGUUAGAAACCGAACAAUAAAUAGAUAAUUAUCCUUCUGAAACGUUUCAGCGCUUGUAAUCACCUGGAAAUUAAACUGGCUUUUGAGCUGUCGAUACGCGGAUCAGUCUCAUUUGAAUAUAACUGAAGUUCUGCUCGCUGUCGUCCACGGGAGUAACUCGCCGACUGUGGUUUGCAGCAUAUUUCCCUUUAAGUUGUGCUUUUAGGGCGACAUCAGCACAAAUGAGCCGUUGUCGGUGUGUUUCCCGACCGGUCCGGUGCCGCUCCGGUACCGGCCCUCGGCUCCUCCGUCCACGCUGCCACGUGACAGACGGCACAUCGUUACCUCGUGGGCCGAGCAAUUACCUUCAAAGCACGUAACCGCUCAGAAGCAAUUAGUCGUCUCCGCGCUUUGACCGCUCGGAUUUGCAUUUUCGUGUCGACACCAAGUCCCGUACGCUUUUAACACCGCAGGCUCAAGUGUUGUUAACGGAGGCUGCAGGUGCGGAUGCAAUAACAGUAGCUCAGACUGUAAAGGUCCUUGACGACUUCUUCAAGCCAUCGCUUUUCCUAAUCUUGACUUGACAAUAGCACAGGUGUGACUUUGGUUCGAAAGCAAAAGAGAAUCAAUUAAUGAGCACAAACGCCCUGUUGGUAAAUAGUUGCUUGCUCCAGUGUUGCUUUCCUUACGAUUCUAUUUGUUCCAAGUUGAGCGUAGCGUGUGUGUGCGCGUGCGCGUGCGUGUUCGUGUCUCCGUGUUAGUUUUACUGAGCUCCGCUUUACUGUCAGUCAGAUGUUUGCAUGGCCAGUCACCGGAAGAAGCAGCUUUUAUGCAGUAGGCGCCCCCGUUUUUCCCACAAUGCAUCAGCUUGCCGCUUCUCUCCGUUUGUUCCGCUGGACACGAGGGUUUGUGACGAGCUGCGGUGUUGACGUCACGCGCGUUUUUCUUUGUGAAUGGUGAAAGCCUUUUGUGGCCUGACAGAGGGGAUUCCAAUUAGGGCUGCAAUGGAACAGCUGUAUGAUUUGUGUUCGCAUUCCUACUGGGCUUCUCUGCGUUCGUUUUGAGGAAAAAAAAACAACAAACAAAAAAAAAACAGCUUAGGGUUCAGUUAAAACCACGUGGCUUCAUAUAAUGUAACCCUGACACGCUUGCAUGUGCAGUUUGUGUUGCCGUAACUCAGUGUCCUUUCUCUCUCAAUAGAAUAAGUCUGUGCAUGUUUACUUUAGGAAACUUUUGGUUUUACAUAAUACUAAGACACGGAGGGCUGACGUCGUCCUUCGUACGGAGGAGGAAGGAAAAAAAAAAGACUAAAAAAUAGUUCCUGGCUCUUUGCUUUGCCUCCAAGUCAACUUUAGGCAGUUUAGGUAACCAAAGAAGGAGAUCUUUCACUAGGGUUUUAGCCAAAACAAAACAAAAAAAAAACUUAGAAGAAAAAAGGAUCGUAUCAUCUGCAUAUAGGAGGUUGAGAUACUGCCAUUUAUAUCCCAUGUAGUGUUCCUUGAUGUUUGCCAAUACGUUACGACACAUCUUCAGGUAACCAUUGGCCUUAUACAGUAGAUGUCCUCUAAUAGUAGAAUAUUGUAUGUACUUCAAAAUAACAUCACUGAAAAAAAGCUUCUCGUCUGUCUCCUAUGGUACCAGUACACCUAUUGUUAUGUCUGUCGUGUCUUUUCCGGCACUUUAUCGUGUGACCUAUGAGUGCAUAGGUUAAAUUUCUAAUUACUUGAGUAAUGUCAUAUUUCUGUGUGUUCUACGUGAGGCACUGCUGCCUAUGGAUAUAGAUAUGUGCCUCCAAAAGCCCAUCAUCCUUUUGAUUUGAAAAUAGAGAGUAGAUAUACAGCAAAUAUGUUUUAAAUCCUGUGUGAGAUGUAAAAAAAAAAAAGCAGAAGAUAUAUAUCAUAAAUGUGAGAUGCAUUUAUUUAUUUUGAAUGUCAUCAAUCUUUGAGGCCCUACCUCAGAUUUUGUAUUUAUGUAUAGAAAUGCUAUUGGACUAUAGUAUCUUUGCCAAUAAUAAUAUAUCGCUAUUAUAUCAUGAAAUGUAUAACCUAUGAAUCAAUAAAUAAAUGUUAUUGUUUUA